CACGUCAUUUUUUCAUUGUUUUUUGUUCGCAACAUUUUUUCACACAAGUUUAUCGAAUGUCGCGUUUGUUGGGACGCGCUCGGAUGAAAAGUAGAUAUUUCAUAUAUAUCACCUUGUCGGCUUUUGAAAUGUUGCUAGGCAACGACAAACUGUAAGGAAGCCAGACCUGUGUUCUCUCCUCAGGGAACAUUUUAUUUUUGGUUGCAAAUUAAUGGAAAUAAUAAGUCAGUCGGGGGUGAAUAUGUCAGACGCGAUGAGGAUAGCACAGAUGCCGAGGGCUGGAAAACGAGUGCCUUUCAGGGACACAGUAGCUGCUUGUUUUCAAGAAAUAAAAAGGGCCCCGACGCCACCUCCGGUUCGAAAGUACCACAACAGCAACAGACCGGGGCCCGGUGUGAUCCGAGUGCAUCCCGGGAAGGCCGAUGACCCAAAAGUGGCCGAGGCGCUUGUUCACGGAGUCUGCACGAAGGCUUCGCUAUCGGCCGCGGUCACGCUCAACCCGCCACCUCUCAGCAACUUCCAACAGAAGCUGCUAGAGUUCAGUGAGGCCGACUACGCCUUGCACAAGACGGCGCCACUGGGCCGCUCGGCAGACCCCACCGGACUUCCCACCUGGUACAACGAGAACACCAGGUUUGGAAUUCCAUCUCAUCCAGAUGUGGAUAUCGGCCAAAUUAUUCAUCCUUCUAAAACUUUGGAUCAGUUGGAAAAGGAGGAACAAGUGGUGCACGAGGCUUAUGUUCACAGUCACAACAGUUAUUUUGUCGGUGAGCAAAUUGACAGGAAGUACAACUAUAAUAAAGACAGCUGCUUCGGGAUCCCGACGCCUUAUUGCACCGACGGACGCUACGUCGGCAAAAAUCUGCAUUGGUUUGGAGAAUCCACCAGGGUGUACAAUCCAAACCCCGUGUGGAAGAGAUCUCCAGACAGCAGGGAAAAGUUGAAACAACAAAUUGGGAACGUGGACAACAAGAAGAGAGGAACCAAAUUCGAAGUGCCUCCCAACCGCACCUUCGGAAUUGUCAUACCGCAAGACGAAUACAGUGUCGGGGAUCUGAUCCACUCGGGGCAUCAGCCGGCGGGCAAGCGAGCGCGAGGCGACGAGCGCCAGCGUUGCCUGGCCAGCGCUGUGCGGAACCGCCUUAAACAGAUCAACUUGCAGAACUUCCCGUCUUUGCUGCAAGCCUUCAAGCACUACGACAAGAAAGGCAAAGGUCGCAUCGAUAAGGAGGACCUGCAGGAAGUGUGCCGGCACUUCAAGGUGGUCGUCAGCGAUGCCGUUCUGGACGACGUGUUGAACGAAUGCGACCUCGACCGAGACGGAUUCAUCAACUUCCUGGAGUUUGCCAACUUCCUCAACAUGAAGAAAAAGAUGCCGUUGGACAGGCGAGAUCAGGACCUGGUCGUGGACAGUGAGUCCUACAAGUGCACAAUUUCUGAAAACGAAAACCAGUCCAAUUUAUUUUUGAGUAUCUAUUCAGCCCAGUUCCAGACCGACUCAGACAAACUUCCUGGUUCUGCUCCUUUGUUGAAAACCAAUAACCUGGAGCCUUUCAAGACUGGCAGCUCAAAGAAGACCGUGAGAACUCUCAGACGACCCGAGCUACUUUCUGACCGCUUCAUCACCUCUGCCUCCUUCAUCGGGGCCGCUGCCAGGAAGCCGCAAGAAUCCGACACUCGCAUCUAUGGCAUACCGUCGGUCCGCAAAGACAUUGCGGCCCCGCCCAUCCGGAAGAUCUCCGACCAUGUCAAUUACGGCGACAUGACCACGGUGAUGGAUCUGCUGCUGCCGUCAGUGUACGGACGUCAGGGGGUCUAUCGGGACCACUUCUUCCUCCCGCGCUCCAAGAAAGAAAUUGCUGAGAUCUUCAGGAACCUGGGCGAAAAUAUUUCCGAGGAGACGUUCGAGGAGGCUUGGAAGCUGGCGUCCACGAGGCAUCCCCACGGCGAGGUCUGCGUGGAAACCUUCCGAACGGUACUCGAGGAAAUCAAGGCUUUGUAGUCGAGACAAAUUUUUUUUUUACUUUGGUAGCAAAUGUGGCAAUUUAUGUCAUGAUAAAAUCAU